AUGCCUCGUGAAAAUAGCUUUAGUGACGACGAAGGACGCUCACUUACACCAGACCUGGAAGAAGAAAUGCCUCGCCCGGUGUCACCACAAUACUCAGAACAAGAAAAAUCCACGUCUGCAGCGUCCCAAGCAUACCCGACUGUACUGACCAGAGAAGCAGACCAAGCCAGGGGCAGCUCAUCCUCAAUCCACGCAGAGCCAGAAAAAAGCCGUCCGUCCCAGUCUUCUCGUCGUCCGACUGGAAUGUUUGCCUACAAUACCCCCAAAGAAAGGUUUCGCGCCUGUGUCAGAAAAAUCAUUCAAAUGCAUCGCACAUCAACCAUGUUUGUUCGAUAUGGUGCAGGAGCUGAGCCUGGAGUCGACCCUCGUCGACAAUCUGCGUAUCUCCACUAUGGUCAUAUCAGGGAGAACUGUGUAAUCGAGAUGGCGGAAUAUUCUAGCGUUCGCACUUCGUUUGGGCGCAUGACAAACAAGGAAUUCAUAGACUUGCUGGGCGACCCCAUUGCUUGCCAGAGAGAAUCUUGGGUCAAGGUGAGGUGGAUAAACAUAGGUGGAAUUAGUUGGGAUGUCAUGAGCGCGUUAGCCUUGAAGUUUGAUUUGCAUCCCCUCGCACUUGAAGACGUCCUCCAUCAGCGAGGUCACAGUCGCUCAAAGAGUGACUACUACACGCAACACCUUUUCAUCCGCGUUCUCUCUCAUACUCUAGGAGGUGACGAUGAAGAUAACACCUCAAAAUUCAUUCCAGAAGAGGUAGCAGCAGGAAUUCCACGCGCAUCCUCACCAGCACCUAUGACCUCGUCCGAGUAUGAACGCGGCAAACUUGUUAGCGACAGCGACAUAGGUGGACCUCUGGACGAGGAGCACACUUUUAUUGGUAGCGCGUCUGCGUCUGGUGCUUGGGCAGGGGUCAAGUCGAACAGAGGUCGGGUGUCCAGGAGACGUCGAUUUCCGUUCAGCAGGGUGGAUGUUGAAGCACCACCCGAGGAGAAACCUCUCAUCCCUUCGGACUUGAUGUCUCGCAAGGAAUCUGCAUCUCGACGUAGGCGUGAAAAAGCUCAAAAGUCAUUAGAAAAACUCAAGAAGGGCGAGCGUGUCAAUGUCAAGGUUCAGCCUAUGUUUAUCUUCCUUCUUCGUAACGGCACAGUCAUUUCCAUUCACCCUCAGCGGAACCUCGAUGUAGCAGCACCUAUAAUGUCACGUCUUCGGCAACCCGAUACAACGCUUAGGACAUCAGCCGACGCGUCCCUCCUCGUACAAAGCUUGCUUGAUCUCGUUGUCGAUUCAGCUCUGGAAGUUGUCGAUACAUUCCACGAGAAAAUAUUGAGUCUCGAACAUGAUGUACUGCUCAGACCCAACAUGAAAGUUGUGCGACAUUUACAUAUCCUUUCCGGUGACCUCAAGCUUCUGAAACGAACCAUGGAGCCCAUCAAGACCGUAAUUUAUGGUCUCAGGCGAUACGAUGUCGACCGAUGCGCUGCUCUCGUGGAGCACACGCCCUCAAAUCCCAAGGCUGCCGAGGUGGUUGGUUUCAUGAGUCACAAGUCAAAAAUCUAUCUCGCUGAUGUACACGACCAUAUGGAGUACAUGUUGUCUAGUCUGGAUAUGUUCGCAGGUAUCGCCGAAAACUUGAUUGAUUAUACCUUCAAUAUGGCGUCCUACGAAAUGAACGAAGUCAUGCGGCGUUUAACAAUGGCCACAAUUAUCUUCCUCCCACUGACAUUGUUAACUGGUUACUUUGGAAUGAAUUUCGACAGCAUGUGGUCUCUCCGCCACACCGAUCUACUCUUCUGGGAGAUUGCCCUCCCUGUAAUGGCCAUCGUUGUACCCAUCUUCGUGUGGCCUGACAUCCGCCGAAUGGCUCAUUAUGCUAAGAAAAGGUUUACUGCGAGACAGACGGUCAAGGUACGCCUCGACUGAGCUGGGUGCUCUCGCGGGAGCCAACUAACACCAUACUCGGUGACCCUCGCAGGCUCUAAAACGAGCAUGAGGUUCAGGAGAUAACACAUUCAUUUUGCAAACAUACGCUAUUCGCCUUGUCCACCUAUUUCUUUGCAGCACUUGUUUCUGGGCCCUACUGAUGCGUUUAUAGGGAUUUUUUGGGUUUGAAGAACUGUUUUCGCUCGCUACGUCCACUCGCUUUCUUGUUUUCUUGA